AUGACUGAGCCGGCAGUUGCAAGCAGCGAUGCCACAAACAUCAGGACCAUGAUCAUGCGAGACGGUGACCACUGGGUGAUCAACGGCAGAAAGCACUGGAUCACCGGAGCGGGGAAUAUCGACUGCAAGAUCAUGAUCCUCAUGGGAAGGACCGGCACGGCGGAGUCGCCAACUUACCGGUCCCAGUCGCAGAUCCUGGUUCCCAUGGACACGCCCGGCAUCACACUGGUGCGACCUAUGGAGACGUUCGGUGACGAUGAUUGCCCCAAGGGGCACAUGGAGAUCCUGUUUGAGGAUGUCCGUGUGCCUGCGAGCAACAUGAUCUGGGGAGAGGCGGGUGCUUGA